GUUUACAAUGAGCUCAAGGGUGAGAUCUUAGUCAUAAAGCAGUUGCUAGCUGUUUGGAUUAUUUUCCAAUCAUCUGUUCCCAUGGCGUAGAGUACACAAUCGCGUCAGAUUCGGGAGACAGGGCGCCCAAUCAUAGAAACUCGUCCCUGUGUGGGCCACGCAUUUUAUGUUUGUGAAUGACGGCGAUAAGGAUGGCGGCUGUUAGAAGGCAGCUAUUUCACCGCAAUCUGUAAAACGGCCAGUCUGGCCAAAAGUACAAUUCUUGCCACCAUCCAUGCGAGGAACUGAGGCUCGGAGAUGCCAGCAAAGAGUGGACGCGAUACUUCUUCGCGGAUUACGGUAAAGGGGUUGGUCACUGUGCCCUGGUUUACCUGAAUGUUUGCUCUGCUGCUUCGGGGUGGGGAGUUGAGAGAGAGAGAGAGAGAGAGAGAGUCACACACACACACAGGCUCUGCAAGAUCAGCCAGCGCUGUGCUGAUAACGAACUAUUUGUAGCACCCACUUCCAGCACCGUGUUGUGAAUGAAUUAAUCCAAAAGUGUCUGCAAGAACGACAGACUUCAGCACUGACUGCACUUUUCAGAGCCAAUCUUUGCCAGCUGAACCUUGUCCUCGACCAAGCGAGGCAGCCUCGACCUGUCACUCCUGGAGUAGGAAGUAACCGCUUUAACUGUGUUAUCAUCAGAUAGAUACACGCUGGUGGGACUCCGUCUACAACCUCACCAUUGGUUCAACAAUGUUUAAUUUGACGCGUUACAAUCUAUAAUCAUUCCGUCUGGAACCAGCAACCAGUCAUCUGGCGAGGAUGGAGGAACGUGUUCAGCCAGAGUUAAAGGAGCUGGAGAUUAAGAUGGGACGCAAGAUUCCUGAGAGCCUGUUGCGAUCACUGAGGGAAGAUCCGCCAGGCCGCCACACAGGCGACAAGGUAGCUCUCUCUGCCUCGGGCACACUCAACAACUGCAACACGCUGGAGAGAUUGGAAACCAAGAUUCAGAUACUGAAACUGGAGAUGGCUUGUCUCAGGGCAAUCGAUGUCAAAUUGAUGCAUCAGCUGCUUUCCAUCAAUGACGGUAUCGAAUCCAUCAAGUGGAUGAUGGAGGAGAAGGGCACGUUGGCCAGUAGGGGCAGCAGUUUGGCAAGUAGUACAUACAGCUUGAUGGAAAGUCAGAACACUUCACUACGGGGCAGCUGGAACAGCUUACAAAAUGGUGGCGAUGGACUUGACUCAAUUUCAGUUGGAAGUUACCUGGACACACUGGGUGAUGACCUGCCAGAUCACUGCACAUCGCCAGACAUAGAUCCUUUCUCGGAUGAACAUUUGAUGACAGAUUCACUUAAAAGUGAAACUAUCAAUAAGGAAUCCAAAGAUGACUCUGAUGAUGGUUAUUAUUAUUUUGGAUAAGUUGCAUUAGACCAAGAAGAUAAUGGCUCUGCAUUAUCCACGUUAUUGAGUUUAAGUCUGACUUUGGUUAAUAAUGUGGAAUAGUUAAUAUAGGUUAGCCAAGGGAAAUAAAUAAUGGAUAACUAAUCUGAUAUUGCCUAUUUUGCAGUGCUGUUUAAUAUCAGAUUUAAUUACAUUGUGAUUCCAUUGACAUGGUAAAUUUGAGUGCAAGGGAUAAUGUGAUCAGGAACAUUUUUAAAUAUGAGGAUAACGUUUCUGCUCAUAAGUAGAUUCGGCCAAACAUAUGCAAAAGACCAAGGUGUUUUGAGUCACACCCAAAACACUAAUUUUAACUCCUGAUCUUUCACUUGUGUUCACUAUUCACUUUGCCCAAAUGAAACUAUCAGAAAACUGGUCAUUGCACCCGUUUGUAAAGCACAUUCCCCUGCAUGCAGAGGUUCAGGAAAGACUCUGAUAACUUCACCCAUUUUUUGUGGUGCAAUUAAUUUUAAAAGAUUUUUUCUAUAAAAGAAAUUAACUUGACUAAAUCUAUUAAAUGGCUCAAUAGUUCAAAACAAUUAAAUUGUUUAGUAUAGUUUUUUUUUUAAGCCAUUUUCAAUUAUUUUAAAUCAGGUGACAUAUAGGUGGUGGACAAGCGACCUUAAAAUGCUUAUUUUUAGGAACAAUUAGUAAAUUAUCCCAGAAUAAAGGAAACUGCGACAGGUUGCUACUCUUAAUGCAUCCAAGAGGAGACGUUUUAAUUGAGAUGAGAUAGAAACAGAAACAGUUACACUGUGCCUCAAGGAAGGUUUUGUUUCUGAGAAAACAGAUGGAUAUUGGUAGAAACUUGAACUAUUAUCUACUCAGUUCAAUUCCAAGUGCAUCUUAAAUGCAAUUUUCCAGUGGUACCCAAAGAAAACAGCUUACCCCAUGUUUCCUGGGUUUUAAAACAAUUGGCUUAAGUUUUCCUUAGGAUUUUGGAAGUAAAAAGGAAGAUAUUAUUAGAAAGAGAUGCACCCAGUGAUAUAAUUUAUUAAAAUCGUAUCAAGAAGGAGCGGAUAAGGUUCUCAUUACAACUCAACAUACCACCAGAGAAUAAAGAAUUUUUCUCAUUUUAUUGUGGAAUAUAAGAUCAAAUUAAACAAUGAUGAAAGCAAUAAACCAAUCUCCUGGUCAUUUUGAGUGGUAAGUUUUUGUUGUAUUUUCAAAACUGCUUUAUAAAGCCUCAACGUCGCAAUCCCA